UUCUUUCAGCUAAAAAUGAUACAAACAUUAUCACGAUAUCCGGAGUUUGUAGAGAGUAUUAUAAGAAAGUUAGAUAUAAUAAUAACAUCCCCACAAAAUUUAAAGAACAUAUUAAGAAAGUGGGGUCUUAUGCGGUGUCUGUUAUAGAGCGAAACCUGUUAUCAUAAAAAAUCAGCCCAUAUAUUCGUGGAAAAAUAUUAUCAGAAGGUUUAUUGAUGAAGACAAAUAUAACCGUUUCAUGGAUGGGUGUUCGAAAAAGCCUGAAGUGAUGGAAAGAAUCAGUCAAGUAUAUACCGAUAAAGCCACACAAAAACAACAACCACUUGACGGUGAUAACGUUAAACAAUAUAUAUACUUACAUGCGGAAAUGAACAUAUUGGCCUUUUUAAUCGACAAUGAAAUUAAAAGUAAGGUGUUUAUAGCAGUGUCCAAAUAUUGUUGUUAUUUGUGCGGACUUUACAUUGAUUUAGCACGAAAACAUGGAUAUCGUAUCUCCUUCUCCGGAUAUCACAUGAAAUUAUAUGGGAGAUGGAUACUUCCGCAUGUAAAGAAUAAAGAUUUCAAGGCCGGAUCCCUGAAAUACAUACUAAAAUGUCUUGACCGAAUUAUAAAGCAAAAACUAAAUCACGACGACACCAAGAGUUUGUCGGCGGAUCCCGACAGUCCCGGAAAUAGUCCGGAUCCAGAUUAUAGUGAUGGUAACUAUUUGUAUGAAUAUGUUGGAAGUUUUAAGAUGCUUCGCAAGAGGUGACUUCAGGUACCUUAACGAUUAAAGCUCUACUUUCAAAGAUGUAUAACCUGGGAAGAGUUCACGUACAAUAAUCCCCAGAUAAGAGCUGAAGUUCUAAAAAAGAGAAAAUGAAAGUCAGUAAAGAAGCGAUAGAGAAAAAAAGCAAAAGAACAAGUGAAUAUAACGUUCAUUCCC